UUGUGAUAGUGUUGACUAUAUCUCUGUUAUCGGGAAUAAGUGGAAAAGAUGCUGAGGUUGCAGAAUCAUCACCAAGAACAGUAUUUGUAAGAAAAUCGUUGUACUAUCCCGAUUACAAUCGAAUGUCAAAUAGAAAAUUCAUGCCGGAAGGGCCACAGUUUUGGGAUAGUCAAUUGAUUCCAACAGUGGACCCGCAUAUCGAUUCGCUAAUGAGGAGCACCGCUUAUCUAAUUAACACUAUGCACCGUCUGGAGGUCAAGUUCGAUCGAGUUUUUGAUGCAGCAAAUUUUGAGGAAAACGUUGCUCAUGAUGUGAUGGACAAAUUGCGUCUAAUCUACAAAUACAUCAAAGGUUCAUCGACCAAUGACUGCCAAACGGAUUGUUCACCGUCAGUAAACGAAAUGCCGCAGAAUAAUUUUAUGAGAGAGUUGGUAGAUGCGGUCAAGUACUCUAACGAAAAUAUCAUGAGAGUGGCUAACAAUUUUGACAUGGUAAUGGAAAGCGGUAAGCGAUCAAUGCAAUCAUUGGAAAAAGUUGCUGAAACCGUUCAAGAUAUCAAAGAGCGUACUAUUCGCAUUCAACAAACAUCGUCUGGUCAAUUUUCAGGUGGAUCGUCCCACCUGUAUAGAGACGAAACUGCUAGCAGAGUAAAUCCGUCCGUUAUGAACACAAGACUCAAUGAAGGAUCGAAUAAUUAUGAGAUCGCUGAGCGCAAUAAAAAAAUUUCGACAACGGACCAAUCCACACAACAUCUUAUAACGCAGACGAAUCAUGAUUCAACAGAUAGAAGGAAAACUUCCAACGACAAUAACAACCCUAGUGGUGCUUCCACGAGUCCCGCAUAUGAAUCAAGUGCUGGUGCGAUCCACAAUUGGAGUAGAAAUUCACAGGCCAAUUUUAACAAUUAUGAGGAACAAACUGGAAAUACUGAUCGAGGACAUCAGUUUGGAACAGGAACACUGACGAAUUACGAGACCAAAGGACGUGAUAAUCACAACAGUAAGUCGUUUGUUGCAUCUACGACACCAGAAUACGAAUCGAAUCAAAAUCGAAAUUCUUUUACGAAAUCGACUGAAGCAGUCACAGAAAAUCAGAAUGUUGGUCACAAUCGAAGCAGUUAUGAGGAAAGAAGGAAAAAUUUCAAAGAAAGUGAGACCUUUAACCACAAUACAAUGCCCAUUGUGUCAAAGCCAAUUGUACCGGAAGUCAAUAGUUGGAGUUCAUACGAAACGUUUGUUGGAGAGUCAAACCAAAGCCAGAAAAUUGGUUACAACAAUAACGAUCGAAUAGGAAUACAACAGACAGAGCAUAGCAAUGCCUCGAAAGGAAAUGUUGCCUUUAUAGGCAACAAACCUCCAGUUCAGUCGUCUUCAAGGUCAACUUUCGAAUCGGGGAAUGGGAGCGGUAGUUGGAAUUCGCACACAUCUUCAAACCAAGAAAUAAAAUCAGACGUAGCACAGGCUAAUAGUUACGAAUCGACCGUUAACGAGAUAUUUGACCAAAACUUCGUUGCUUCCAACAAAACGAAUAAUGACAGUGGAACUGCACGACAAGGUCAAAAUUAUGCAUCAAAAUCAAAUGUCGAAUUGACGGAAAACGAGAACGUUAGUCGGACAAGUUACGAUUCGAGAGGAAGUGCAGUCAUCGACCUUAAUGGAAAUCCCGUUGUAACAUCUACGAAGGCACAUUACGAGUCUGGAAAAACGGAAGAACGUAGCCACUUCGACAAUAGAAAUUCUUACACUUCCUCCGGAACAAAGGAAACGGAAGUUGCUGACCAGGAGACUAGUAUUGUUGCUCCAUCCACCUCAAAUGAUUCGAUUUCUGUUCGUAAAAUCACCACCACCACAACGACAACAACAGCCAAACCACAAAUCACUACGACAACAGCCAAACCACAAGAAAGUGUAAACACAGCCAAUUCAGAAAGGACAUACCGACAUUUGCGGAAAGACGCGAAACGAGUAACGUUCGAGCCAGGCAAACGCAACUGCCACGAGCUAACAGUAAAACGAAAUGGAAUCUACAAAUUCGGUUCGCUGAACGAAGUAGCGAACGAUGGAAAUCGAUUCUUCUAUGAGCGAUAUUGUGAUUUCUACACCGACAAUCGUGCUUGGACAGUCAUUCAACGACGCUUCGCUGACUAUAAUGAGGAAAAUUUCAACAGAAGUUGGACAGACUACAAGCAUGGAUUUGGCAGUCUGGACGAAGAGUUUUGGUUCGGAAACGAUUUCAUCCACCGGCUAACAUUUGACGACGAUGUCGAGUUGCGAAUACUUUUGGAAGAUGAAGAUGGAAAAACCAACUGGGUGGAAUACUCUGUGUUCAAAAUGAAGUCUGAACAGGACAACUAUAAAUUGGUUAUCAGUGGCUACAGUAGCGGUUCUGUCGAAGACACUUUAAUUUACCAUAAUGAUCAAGAGUUUAGCACAUACGAUCACCUAAAUGGCAAUAGUCAGCAAACGUCUUGUGUAUCGUCGAUCGGAAACGGAUGGUGGUUUAAGAAUUGUUCGGAUAAAGACAUUUUGGGCAAUUUUCUUGGCAGUACGUCGACAAAGAUGAUGAUUCGUCCGAAAAAAUAAUAAUCGAAACUACAGUGACCAUAGUAACCUUCUGGUGAGCUGCUGACAUUCUGACAUUCUCACCACAUUGGUUUUAGUUAUUAAUUAGAAGCUUAAGAAAUUUGAUGAAUUAAAACAUU